GGGCGGGGCCGGGCAGUGCCGGGAUGGUGCGGACCAAGGCGGACCAGCGCGGCGGCGCCUUUCGCAAGGUGUUGGGCGCCCGCGCUCCCCGGAAGGCGCUGGGCCCCGCCAACCUCAGCGCGGGACCGCCGCCGGCCAGGAAGGGUGACCGGCGCCCCGUGGGGCUGAACCCGGUGUGUGUGCGGCCGAUCCCCGCCUGGCAGAGGAGCAUCGGCGAGUUCCUGCAGCUCCCGCCCAAGGAGAACCGGGCGCCCGACGGAGCCGUGCCCGGGAGCAGCGGCCUAGGAGCUUGGCCCCUGCCACUGGAUCCUGCCGAAGAUGGAGAGUCCUCUGAGGAAGAGUAGACAUGAUCUGACCUCAGUUUUCAUGAUGAAGUUCUCCUCCUAGUUGAGCUGGUUUUUGUACAUUUUUAUAGUUUUUUAUAAUUUGUUAUGGCUUACAUUCGGCUGUUGUACAGGACUAAAAGUCUGAGAGACAGCAGCAACACUGUGGAGAAAUUAAUUAAUUUAUACAUUUUGGCACUUAGCAUUCAGUGUAAAUCGUUGGUUUAGUUUUUAUCUGGUUUUCCUUGAGUUCCUCAGUGCCUCCUGCAUGUCAGGCAGCUUUUACCUUUCAUCUUCUGAUUGCCUUUUGCUUGUCCAGGACUUGCAUGGCCGUGGUUGUUCUGUUUUUAGAAAGCAGAUCUUUAUUUUUUUUAAUACAUUGAAGCCUUCUGAGCACACAC